ACCGGGCGCUGUUUGCGGUCACUUCCUUGCAGAAAGAAUCAGCUGCGGAAGGUUUACGAGAGCCGGCUUGACUACUGCUUAUCACCGAACUGAUGCUCUUGGUCAGUGAAUAUAGUUUAUAGUUCACGGUGGGAGAUGGAAAUGAAACUGAAGUGGCCAGCGAACUACAGAAACUCCGCGACCAACUCUCCGCCCAUGCCUUGACAAGUUUGGUGGAUUCCAGACUCCAUUAAAGCGCAUUUACAAUCAGAACGGGAUUCACACCUACACGAAACUGCAGUUUUACCGGGUCGUUCAGAGUGAAAGAGAUAUGAGCGAACCUGCCGGAGACUGGCAUGAGACGGCAGAGCCCAGCACAGCUGCAGUCGGGGAGACUGCCGGCCCCCACCCUCCGGAGCGGAGAGUGUGCAGGCGGGUGCGAUCCGGGAAACGGCCUCGCCUCGCGGGCUCUGUGAUACGACGCAGGUCCCCGUGGCCCUACAGGGCGGCCUCGCAGCCGGUCGGGUUCUGGCGGAGCACGGCCAGACCGGAUCCGCCUCCCCUGCCCAAGAGCUUCCUGCCCGCACGGCCCCCCGGGCCUCAGCUCAGACCCACCGACCCACAUUCCCCUCUGGAGUUAUUCCAAAUGUAUUUCAGCCGAGAUGCAGUUGAUACGCUCUGCCGAAACACGAACAAACAAGCUGCUCGGAACAUUUGCCCGGGCGGAAAAUAUGCCUGGGUGGACAUCGAUGUCGCGGAAUUUCAUAAAUUCAUGGGCCUCACGUUUUACACGGCUCUGGUUGAACUUGGCGAUAUUGACUCGUACUGGAGAAGGGACCACCUGUUCUCUGUGCCGUUCCCGGCCACGGUAAUGACCCGGGACCGGUACAGACUCAUUUCGUGUAGCCUACAAAUGAGCGACCCCGACGAGGAUGUGGAGAACGACAUGAAGGAGGGGACGGCAGAUUACGACCGCUUGUUUCGACUGAAACCCUUGCUGGAGGUCCUGAGAGCGGCCUGCCUGUCGCUCUACCAUCCGCGGAGGAACCUGUCCGUCCACGAGAGGAUGGCGGCCACGGCGGCCGUGCAGGCCCGUCCGCGCGUGAAGCAGUGCACGGAAGCGACGCCUGUCCGGCGGGGCUUCAGACUUUUUGUCUUGGCCGAUUCGAGCAACGGCUACGCCGUGGACUUCUUCGUGUACACGGGCAAGUCCACGUUCCCUUCGGCCACGAGCGUCGGGUUCGGCUCCGUGGCGUCCCUGAUAGCGCCGGCGUACCUUGGGACUGGGUAUCAUUUGUACGUGGACGACUUUUACACCAGCCCGAGACUAUUCAAGCAUCUGUACGCUCUCGGUGUUGCGGCUUGCGGGCCCUACAGGGGCGGAGAAUACCCUGGCGCGCGGCGCAAUGCGAUGACCAGGAAGCAUCCGAGAGGAACCAUCCGGUGGAUCCGAGAUGGCUCCCUGCUGUUCGUGAAAUGGAUGGACUCGCAGGAGUUCUCCUUCUGUUCCACGAUACACGCCGCCUUCUCUGGCCACACCGCCCAGAGGCGAGUUAGGAAUCCGGACAGUAGCUGGAGCACGGAAUCCAUUCCAUGCCCUGCUGCCAUUGUGGACUACGAUGAAAACAUGGGAGGACUCGACCUCUUCAACCAGCUCAUCCAGUACCGCACUGAGCACAAGAAGACCGCGCGCUGGUACCGGACGUUGUUUUUCCAUUUUAUGGACAUCGCCGCCACAAACGGCUACCUCCUCCACAGAGAACUGCGCCAGGCCAGUGCGCUUCAGCCCAUGACUCGCCGAGAGUUCCAGGAGGAGCUGACAGCCCAGCUCUGUCGGGGGACGUCCGAAAGCCCUCCUCCCCAGGAAGUGUGUAUGCACAUGCCUGUGCGCAUCAGCCAGCAGCGAGACCAGAGCCAGAAGGCCUCCAGUGGAUGCAAGACCUGUAUUCACUGCAGAGAGUCUCGGCACGUCUACCAGUUAACCCCUUGGCAAUGCAACGAGUGCCAGGUGCCUCUUUGCCUGAUCGUGGACAGGAAUUGCUUUGAGGAAUGGCAUAAGUAAAUCUUGACCCCAAAAAAAGGCAAUUUUUGUGGUAUAUAGUUUAUU